UGACACAGCACUGCAUCAUCAUUCAUUAUCAUCACAUGCGGAAGCUUGUUGCUCUCAUGUUGUUGUGAUUGCUGACUGCUCUGUAUAAGUUUUGCUGUCCAGUCGGGAUUGAACAAUUUUCAUCUGGUGUGAAUUUUUAGGAAGUGUGGUGUUGUUUAACUUUGACAAAAUGUCGUUCUGUGGGUGGGGAGGAGAAAAAUACAAAAACCACUUCGAUGCAGGUGUUUAUGUUUGCUCUAGCUGUGGUCAUGAAUUAUUCAACAGUGUGUCAAAGUUCAAGCAUUCGUCCCCAUGGCCAGCUUUCACAGAAACUGUCCAUCCAGACAGUGUUUCCAAAAGGUCAGAGGGUGGCAAUGCUCUGAAGGUAUCCUGCAAUAAGUGUGGUAAUGGUCUCGGACACGAGUUCCUGAAGGACGGACCAGACGGGAACUCGAGAUUUUGAAUCUUCUCAUCCUCCCUGGAAUUCAAGAAGGGGAGUAAAGGGAAGUAAAGGAGAGUCGGGAUGAGGUUAGGGUGGCAUGUGACGCCCCCUUAUAGGAGAUCUGUGGAACUACAUCCUUCAAAAGCAUUUCGAAAAAUUUGCUUUCAACAAGCGUUUAUUUCAGGGAAACUACAUUAUUUUGUUUAGAGGUAAAUUUUGUAAUCUUAUUGUAAACAUUAUGUGUGAGGUGAUGGUGAUAUUUUGUUCAGGGUUGUAACCAAUUAUUUGUGUCUACUUAUUUACUUGUUUACAAUAUGCGAUGCAAUCAAGCAAGAUUAGUCAUUUUUUAACCCAGGUCAUUUAAUUUUUUUUUUAUAUAUUUGAAAAGAGCAUAGUCUAUGCUUAAAUGAUACUGUUUAUACUCCAUGUUGAUACCAUCUUUGGUUCAAAAGUUGUAAAGAGAAGAAACACCAAGAUGUGUGAGAGAAUGAAACUGAGAAAAGACGUUUGUCCAUGUGCUAAUUUGAACCCCUUUGUGAUGUUAUUUAUCAGGGAGGAAGUUGCCAAUACUUUGGCAUAUAAAUUUACAAAAAAAAAACUUUUGAAGACUUCACGCCCGGUUGCCCACUUUGGCUUGUUUCUUCAUACUGCUAUUUCUGACGGAAACGACUAAUUUAUCUUGAUAGCAUCUAUAGACUUUUCAAGUAAACCUCAACCAAAAAUAUAAUUAAUUUGAUCUUUCCUUGUUUAAACUCAAUUUUGAAAUUGCGUAGUUCCAUCGUCUCCACCAUUGUAGUAUGGUGGUAGGUUACUAUGACAUCGUGUCGGCCAGCCAAUGACGUUCCACAGUUAAACCCCUACACGGGAAGGCUGUGGAACUGAUGCUAUGUACAGGCCAUGUCUCUUAACCUACAACUGUACAUAAAUAUAUAGAGAGAAAUUAUAAGCCCUAAGUGGCACAUAUUUUAAAAACCUUUUCAGAGUGCAUCUAAUCCAAUCUACACUGAGCUAGAGUGGUGCAAUGUGGUAAAGGAGUUGCUUGGUUUAAAAGUUAAGUUAUACAACUGUGCACAAACUUAUGCUGUUAUAAUAAAACAAGGUUCUUAUAGAGUGUUUAUCACACCCGAUGGGUGGGUGCAGGCCUGAUACUUCACACGGAUGCAAUCAAGGCGAUUGCCUCUGUGCCCCAUGGUCAUUGCCUCUGUGCCCCAUGGUCAUUGCCUAUUGGUGCGCUUUAAAUGCCCCCAUUAGAAAUUAACAAUUUCUUCAUAGGGUGCCCUUUACCAAGAAGAAAAUGCCUUGGUGCCCUUGCCCUUUCAAAAACGAAGCAUGCAGGCCUGUGGGCGUCUUAAAGUGAUAAAUAUUUUUUCUUACAAGGUACAUGUAUUUUAAUUUGUACAGUGCCAUGGGGUCCAGUCAUGGAUGUAAGGCGCUUUAUAAGCUUUAUCUACAAUGUAUGUAGAGCUACAUGUACAUGUUUGUGUUGAAGUACGAGACAUAUUGCUUUAUAUGGCAUUAUGCAAUUGAAGUUGAUUCCAUCCAUAUUGAGUUGUUUGUUAAACUUUCAUAGAAAUAAACAAAUAGCAAAAGUAGGCGUCCAUUGAUAUGAUGGGCAAGGGAAAGAUUAGAAUAGGCCCCUUUAACUUUAAAAUGGAAUCCUUCAACUGAGCAUUUUUGUAGCACCAGUUUCUCAUCCUUAAAAUCGUGCAAGUUUUGAUACAGUACUGUGUACAGAUAGGCCGUCUUUUUUUCUCGAGUGGAAAAAAAAGUAAAUACAAUUUUUUGUAAAAAGUACAUUAUACAUUAAAUGAUAGGCCUAUGUUAAUGGUGGUAUUUUUUAUAUGGGUGUGAUUUGAAUUUUAAAAUUGAAAAAAGUGGGAUAAAGAAUAGUACAAUUUUUAUAUAUUUAUGGUACAGUCUGCUAAUUACAUGAUUUGAACAGCACCUUGUCAUUGGGCACUUUGUGAUCUAGUAGUUAAUAUAUCCGCUCUAGAUUGCUUAAGUCUUGGGUUCAAAUUUGUGGUAUGCCUACUAUGUGAUGGUGAUUUGUUUUCUAUGUCUUGGAAAACACAGAGUAUAGUGCUACCAGACACCAAAACUGCUAUUAUAGUCUUUAACUGCGUACUUGAUCAUAAAUAUUUACAUAAAUAGUACUAUUUUUCUGUAAGUUUAAGUUAAUAUACUUUUGUUUCUGCUUUAAAGCCGACAUGUAGCAAUACUUAGUUUUCCAGUCUUUCACUUCACAAUGUAGGUAGCUUUUGUUUUAUUUUUUGGACCUUAGUGUGUCAAAACAUGGAGGAAUAAAUCAAAAUUACUUCUAUAGUUGAAUGAAUAUAAAAUAAAAUAUGAAAUAAUUAUAUUGUUUUCUGCAACAGUUUUUGAUACAUUUGGUAGAAGAAUAGUUGACUUUCAAACUCCCAGGUUAUUCUUUAAACUAAAUCGUGUCAAGUUUCCCCAAAGCAUGCACGUGAUGCACAUGUGCUAUAAUCAUGAAGUGUAAACACGACCUAUGAUAAUAGAAGAAAGCAAAUUUUAAAAUUAAUGGCAAUCAAAUCUUAUGGUUAGAAGAAUAUAGCUCUCGAUAGAUCAGAUGUUAUGCCAAUUACAGGAAAGGAUAAAAAUAAAAAAAUUAGAAAUGUUCAUAAACCUUUACACAA